GCCAUUAAAAAAUAAAUGAAAUUUCAAUGUUGUUCAUAAGCACCGCACCACUUGAGAGUGAUAGAACUGAGAGAAACAAUGGAGAAGAUCGAGCACACGACGAUCUCCACCAACGGCAUCAACCUCCACGUGGCUUCAAUCGGUUCAGGUCCAGCGAUCCUCUUCCUCCACGGCUUCCCCGAUCUCUGGUACUCUUGGCGCCGCCAGCUCCUCUCUCUCGCCGACUUAGGCUACCGCGCGAUCGCCCCCGAUCUCCGAGGAUACGGCGAUUCCGACUCUCCCCCGUCUCAUGAAUCGUACACCGUGCUCCACGUCGUCGGAGACCUCGUCGGGUUGCUGGACUCGCUCGGCGUUGACCGGGUGUUCCUCGUGGGGCACGACUGGGGAGCGAUCGUCGCGUGGUGGAUGUGUAUGAUCAGGCCUGAUCGAGUCAAGGCGCUGGUGAACACGAGCGUAGUGUUUAAUCCGAGGAAUCCUUCUGUGAAGCCUGUUGAUGCGUUUAAGGCCUUGUUUGGUGAGGAUUACUAUAUCUGCAGGUUUCAGGAGCCUGGAGAGAUUGAGGAAGACUUUGCUCAAGUUGAUACGAAGAAGUUAAUAAACAGAUUCUUCACAUCGCGUAAUCCACGCCCACCUUGCAUUCCCAAAUCACUUGGUUUCAGAGGUUUACCUGAUCCACCUGCGUUGCCUGCUUGGCUCACUGAGGAAGACGUCAGUUUCUAUGCAGAAAAAUUUAGCCAAAAAGGCUUCACUGGUGGACUAAACUACUAUCGCGCCAUGAACCUAAGCUGGGAACUAACGGCUCCAUGGGCCGGUCUACAGAUCAAGGUCCCUGUGAAAUUCAUUGUGGGUGAUCUAGACAUUACAUACAACAUCCCUGGAACAAAGGAAUACAUACAUGAAGGUGGUUUGAAGAAACAUGUUCCAUUUCUACAAGAAGUGGUGGUAAUGGAAGGUGUUGGUCACUUCCUUCAGCAAGAGAAGCCCGACGAAGUCACUGACCAUAUCUAUAGCUUCUUCAGUAAAUUCUGAACCUGCGAAAUCAAGUUCUCAGAGGCGCUUUCUUACUUGGUGCGAGCCUCCACUUGUAAUGGAUUUGAAAUGAAAGGAUAAUGUGUAUUUACUUGUUUAAUAAUUCGAAAUUUAUAAGAAAGUUCCAAGUAUAGCAGAAAUCUGGUAAGACAUUAUACUUGUGAAUAAGUAAGAAAAUCUAUUAUCUUUUGUAUUAUUAUGAUUGGAGGAGAUUA